GUUGAUGUUCAGAUCAGUGUUCGCCGGCCCGCCUAGCUGAACUGACGUGUCGCGACCUCAAUUAAAUAUACGUACUAAAUUACGACUCCGUACAAGAAAUAUUGAGAAAAAACAUUUUUAAAUUCAUUCAUAUUUAAUAUAACAUCAACCGCUGCAUGUUAAACAUCAUAAGAAAAUUUUGCACGAUGAAACCACCGACAAAUGCGGCGCUCCUCCAUGAUGUGGACAUCCCGACAAAGAAAGCGACCUUCGGAAUGGGCUGCUUCUGGUCAAAUGAUUCUCUCUUCGGCGCCACGCCUGGCGUGGUGCGGACACGCGUCGGUUACUCUGGAGGCACAACAAAGAAUCCACAUUAUAGGAGCAUCGGUGACCACACUGAGGUGAUAGAGUUGGACUUCGAUCCAAAGACGGUGUCGUACGAGGAUCUACUGGACAUGUUCUGGGCAAACCACGAGUACGGACUCACGACUAAGCUUAAGAGACAGUAUCAAUCCAUGAUCCUUUACCAUGAUGAAGAACAAAGAGAGGCGGCGGAGAGUUCAUACAAACAGAUGCAAGUCACUUGUAAUGGUCAGCUUCGGACAGAAAUUGCACCGGCUGGCAUCUUCUAUCCUGCAGAAGAUUACCAUCAGAAAUAUAGAUUGCAAGGUCACAAGGACCUCUGUCGCAGCAUCGGUUUGGACUCAACCAAGUUGCAGACCUCCCACCUUGCAGCCAGGCUCAACGGGUACUUGGUGGGAGUUGGAGGGAAGACGCAGUUCGAAAAAGAGGUCGCUCAGUUGGGACUUAGUGAGAAACAAGCGGAAUACGUUAGACGUGAAUUGGAACGCAACGAAGGAGGCGGACUUGCUUGCUAGUUUUUUUUUUAAUUUAACAUAAUAAUGCACAGUAUAAGAUGUCGAUGAUAAAUUUUUAAUUAUUAUAAAAUAGAUUUAUCUUUGCUAUGAAACGUAAAAGGAAUUGAAUUAAAAAAACAUGACUAGUUUGUAUUUGUAUAGUAAAUAGUCCUUUUAUUUUGAAAGAGAUUUUUUUGAUAUUAAAUUCCUUGAAUGUAUACGACAUCUGUGCAUUUUGUAAUCCAUAGACAAUUUUAUUAUUUCUUUAUUUCAUUCCAUUAUAAGUAGUGAAAAGCACGAAUAUGUGCAAUCGUUAAUUUUAAUUUUGUAAAACAUUUAUCUCAUAUAUAAUAUAUUUUUAUUUUGUCAAAAUUACGUAAAAAAAUUCAGUAAUACGGAUAAGAAAAAUAUUGUGGUUUAAACACUAAGCUAAAUAAAUUACUUAUGUACUCUUCAUCUAGGUACCUAAUCUUUGUUAGAAAAAUUUCAUUAUA